GCAUGACCCUCGCUUGUGACCCCCAUCCCUUAUAAGGGAGUGGGCUGGUAACCCUCCAUUCCUUAUAUGGAGGUGUUUUUCCCAGUUAGUGUCUGAGACGCGGGGUUGUUUUUUCUCAAUGACAGGACAUGGUUUAAAGAUUAGAUUCUUAAUGGUUUCUAAACUGUAAUAUGAGGUACCAGGUAUGCAAACUUUAUAUAGUUACCUCAGUUUUGUUCUUUUAUCGUUUGCUGAGCGAGCUUUCUCACCUAGCUCUGUUGAAAGGGAAGUCCUCCUGAGUGGAAAAUUACAAAAAAUGAUGUCAAGCUUGAAGAAUUACCAGUUGUUCAACUUCAAAAACAGCUGCAAAAGUCGUUGAACUCAAAACGUGGCCUUUGUCAACCGUAGACAAUAUGUCAUGGAAAAUUACUGACAAUAGCUAUAACUGGAAAGGUUACAUUCGGCCAAGUGGGUCGAAUAUUUACUAAAUGUCUUUUAUCUUUGACCCUGUGCUUCAUAUUUGCUUGAUAUUGGCAGUGGCUUUUGGAAUUGUAUUGUGGUAUUUUGUAUGAACCUAGGUUGUUAACCUACUUAAAAUGUCAAUGUCCUCAAAAUUCAAAAUGUUAUGUCCUCAAGGAGUUUAUGGAAAUGUCUUUUUAAAUCACAUGUGCUUGAAUGUUCUAAUAGACGAACAUCAUCAUCAGGACGAACAUCAUCAUCAGUUGGAGACUUUGACAAGAUCUGGCAGGAACACUGCGAGGACGAACAGUCGCUGAGCGAGUACGCCUGCGCCAUGAGGCUGCUGGCUGUGGACCACUGGAAGAAGAAGACCCCGAGCGACCACGACCGCAUCGAGUGGUGCCGGAGGACGUGCUACGAGUUCUUCCGCGGCGGGGGGCUGCUCAAGUGCCUGGAGAAGGACGAGAGGAGACGGCAGCACACGCUAGGCGGCGCGGCGAACGGGGACAGCUGUGAAACGGAGAGGAAGAGGAUGAAAACAGCCGACUACAACACAAUAAGACUUCCCUUCACCAGUAAAAUCCGUCUACUGGAUGUGGGCAGCUGUUACAACCCCUUCAUGGAGUUUGAGGACUUCCUAGCCAUCGGAAUCGACAUUGUUCCUGCUGUAGAGAGUGUUUACAAGUGUGACUUUCUCAACCUGCAAGUCCAGGAGCCUCUACAACUGGCACCUGACACGAUAGACACUUUCCUCCGAGGGAGUUUACGCAGCCCGCUCGAAAGAGUACCUCGCGAAAUCUUCCAUGUAGUCGUGUUUUCCCUUCUGUUGUCGUACUUUCCUUCGCCGUACCAGCGGUGGAUAUGCUGCCAGAAGGCGCACGAACUCCUCGCGUUGAACGGACUCCUGUUGAUCAUAACGCCGGACUCCAGCCACCAGGGACGCAACGCCGCGAUGAUCAAGAGCUGGAAGAAAGCGAUCGAGUCCAUGGGUUUCCAGAGAUGGCGGUACGGCAAGGACAGGCACUUACACCUCAUGGCAUUCCGGAAAGUGUCAAGAGACACGGGGAACAAUCUCCUGACUAACGACGCUUCGCCUGACAUGCUGUACAUCCCACAGGACUUCAAUGAGUUUGAGGAAGAGAGCGUGUUCACGGACGAUUUCACGCGGUCGGAGAGCGAGGAGAGACUAUUGGUCGAGGGUUUCGGGGCGUUGCCUGAAGGAAUGGACGAGCUUGACUUCAGUUAGGGUCGCUCCACGUGGUGCCAUGUCUGUAUUUUGUAUGGUGAUAUUUGUAGUUAACUCUGUUCCACUGUUAUGUGCCAUUUUAACCCUCCAACGGUCAAAACAUAGAAAUCGGAGAACCAACAAAUCGAAUUUGGUGCAGAUUUAGUUGGGUCUUCCUUUGCCAAACAAGACAAAUAA